CUCGGCUCACGUGCUCGGAGACGCUCCGGCGGCGGCGGCGACAGACGAAGCAGCAGGCGAAACUCACCCGCCGCCGCCGCCGCCGCCCACGAAGCGGGCUCCGAGCCCCGCCCGCCGAGCUCCCUGACGUCAUAUCCCGUGCGCCUGUCGCAGAGGGAGGCGAGCCGGGCCUCCAGGCCGUCGCCAUAUUGCGCGAGCCUUUUGCGGACGGCGGGAAGGGAGGGAGGCGGAAGCGAGAGGGAGAGACGGAGAGAGAGGGGGGCGCCCUCGCCCACCCCAGCCAUGUCCGAGACCUACGACUUCCUCUUCAAAUUCCUUGUGAUUGGCAGUGCUGGGACAGGGAAGUCUUGCCUCCUCCACCAAUUCAUAGAGAACAAAUGUGUGUAAUGGAGGCAGCUGGUUAAGAUGCUCCCCACCCCUUGUCAGAAGUCUGCCUGGCGACUCAAGCCCCUUCUUCCUCAGCUUCAUUCCUCUGUGGCACCAGGCCGCACCACCUUUGCCUCAUGGCUGGCAGCAGACACCCCCCUUGAAUCGGCCAUUAGUGGUAUUGUCAAGCAGGAUUCCAAUCACACCAUCGGAGUGGAGUUUGGAUCAAAGGUGGUGAACGUUGGUGGCAAAACGGUGAAGCUCCAGAUCUGGGACACGGCAGGGCAGGAGCGCUUUAGAUCAGUGACAAGGAGCUACUAUCGGGGAGCAGCGGGGGCCCUGUUAGUCUAUGACAUCACCAGAGAGACGUACAAUGCCCUAACCAACUGGCUGACCGAUGCCCGCACCUUGGCUAGCCCAAACAUUGUCAUCAUUCUCUGUGGGAACAAGAAGGAUCUGGAUGCUGACCGGGAAGUCACAUUCUUGGAGGCCUCACGGUUUGCUCAGGAGAAUGAGCUGAUGUUUCUUGAGACCAGCGCCUUGACAGGAGAGAACGUGGAAGAAGCUUUCUUGAAAUGUGCCCGGACCAUCCUGAAUAAAAUAGAGUCAGGUGAACUGGACCCAGAGCGGAUGGGCUCAGGCAUCCAGUACGGGGGUGCUUCAUUGCGACAGUUACGGCAGCCGCGUGGGACACAAACGCAGACCCGGCAGCAGUGUAACUGCUAAAGCAGGCCUUGAAAUCCUCUUCCAAGAAGUGCUGGAUCUCUGCGGCUGAAUGAAGGCCUUCCUCCGCCCUCCUUCCCAGGCCGCUCUGCCUCCUGCUGCGUCUCCGUGCUGCUGCUGCCGCCACCUGCCUUCCUGCUCAGCUCCUGGGCCAGGGAGACUUGGACUUCCGCAGGGGGCUUUUCCCUGCUGCCGGGCACCAGUGACUGCGGGUUCCCAAAAGGCAGGAGGGGAGUCUGUGAAGGCACCUGGCUCCCCUCCUCAUCCUCGGGUCUCUUCUGCACUCCAAACCUGCUGCUAACUGAAUGAAUGACUUGUGUUCCAGGGGCAAAGCAGGGUGUAUGUAGGUGGGAGGACUGGGGGCUCUUCCCAGAGGGGAGGCCACGGAGGGGCACUUCCACAGUUUCUCUCUCUCUUUCUGGGAUGGCAACCAGCAGGCACAGAAAAAACUGAAUGCUGAACUUCAGUCACUCUGCCGUUGUUAAGUGUGUGGCCGCCAUUGGGAGAAAGGGUGUGUGUGUGUGUGGCGGGGGCAGGGGGGGGGCGUGUUCAGCCAGCAGGCAUGGCUUUGGGCUCCAGUGUGAGCACAGAAUCCCGGGCUACAAAGCUCACAGUCCCCACUGGGGGUUUUCCCUUCAUGCACUUCCAAACGUUUGCGUGCCCUGCAGUCUCCUCCACUGUGGAGCUUUGCUGCUGCCGAUCCAGCCUUUGACCAGGCGCCCGCCCACAAGGUGCUUGCCAGAGCCCUGGGCCCAGGUGCGACCUCUUGCGCCUUCCUCCACGGAGUCCCCUGGGCUUUGCCAGAAGCAGCGGUUCAGGCGCCCCAUGCUCCCCUCCAGGCACAUGCUUGUGUGCCCAGUUCCUGGACAUCAGGAUGGGCCUGCCCCUUGCAUCCCUCAUGAGGCUGUCUGAGUUGAUUGCCUCUCUGCCCCCACUAGGUUGGGCUUGUUUGUCUUUCUCCUGGCCAGGCAGUUCAACAUGGCCACGUUAUCCUGUUUUGAUUUUCCGAUCACAGAUUACUUGGUAUGCCUCGGGGGUCUAAUUUCUCGUGUCGGCCAUCACUGGUCGGCACCACUCUUGUAUAGCCAACCCUCCUUCCACAUGGACAGGUUGAGCUCUGUCGCCUGCCUGCCUGCUCUGGUGUUUUUUUCGGGGGGGCCUUCCCUUCCAUCCUAAAAUGACAGGCUGGAGGCCAUGUUUUGGGAGGCAGAACAGUGCCAGGUGUGUGGGGGGUGCAUAUGUGUGCUCCCCAUAAUCAUAGCUUUACAGAUCAACUGUGUGUGUGUGUGGGGGGGUGCUUCUGUUCUCAGGUGGUCAGCCCCCGCCUGCUGGGAUUUCGGCUGGCUGUUCCAUGUCUGUCUGGUGGUUGGAUAAUUCCUCUUCCUCCCAUAAAAAGAAUGUUGCCUAAGAUUCUGUUUAGAUUUUUGCUGAUGCCAUGUUUACCUUUGUUAUUUAUUUCUGGGGGGCUGGGAGGUGGUCCUUUGUCUCUUCCUCCCCCUUCUUGUGGUUCUGGGGCAGACUGUUACAAAUCCAGAUUCUCAUGUUGAUUUUUUGCCUUCUUUAAAUGCAUUCUCUUCACUGUAAGGCUGUGAAGCUGAUUCUCCUCCAUAAAGUAUGAGGGUUUUUUUUCCA